UUUGUCUUUCAUUUUUUUUAAUAUUGUAAUUGAAUCAUGGUGAAAGCAUAUCUUCGUUAUGAAGCUCUUGCAAGCUUUGGUAUCAUUUCAUCGACACAAUCUAAUAUUUGUUACGAUGAUAAAGGCAAACUUGCUAUCGCUCCUGCUCUUGAAGAAGUUCUAGUUUGGGAUCUUCGUAAAGGUGUUCAGGUUGGAAAAUGGCACGAAUAUGGAAACAAAGCGGCUGUCACUUGCAUUUGUAAAAGUCCUAAUGGAAAAGAUUAUGCUGUUGGUUAUGCAGACGGUACAAUCAGAAUCUGGAAUAUCGAAACAUCGACUUCAACAGUAACACUUAGUGGACAUCGUGCAGCAGUAACCGCUUUAGUUUUCGAUCAACAAGGUACUCGAUUGGCAUCUGGAUCAAGGGACACCGAUUUGAUUGUAUGGGAUGUCAUUGCUGAAUCUGGUUUAUAUCGAUUAAAAGGACAUAAGGAUCAAGUCACUUGUCUUGCGUUUUUAACAAAACCAACAACCAAUGAUGUUAUGGAAGACGAUAAUGUAGGGGUGGCCAAAGAAGGGUAUUUGAUUUCUGCCUCUAAAGAUACUCUAUUGAAAUUAUGGGAUUUAUCUGCUCAAUUCUGCCGGGAAACCAUUGUGGGUCAUCGUAGUGAAGUAUGGUCUUUUGCUGUAUCUCCUGAUCAACGUAUCAUUCUAUCGGGUGGAUCUGAACCUAGUGUCAAAGCAUGGAAAAUUGAUUGGCGUGUUUUGGGAUUACCUUUGGAAGAUUUGGGAACAAUGGAAAAUGAUUUAAAAACAGAUGCAAUGGAUAUAGAUGAGGAUGAGAAGAAGUUGGAAGCAGCUACUUUACAAAAAGCAAUCACUGUCUAUGGAGAUCUACCUCGACAUUCUCGUGAACGUAUUUCCACUAUUCAAUUCCAUCCAAGUGGCGAAUUUGUUGGUAUUCAAGCAGCUGACAAGGCAGUCCAACUUUAUCGUAUUCGAGAUAAGGCUUAUAUCAAGAAAAAGAUUCAACGACGACGCAAGCGAGCAAUGGAAAAAGGAAAAUCUGCCGACGAAAUCAGUGAUGAAAUCCAACUGGAAGAUGAAAUCAAAUCUCAAACCAUUGUACGUACUCCAGCCAAGGUCAGUAGCUUUGAUUUUGCUCCUGUGAAAGAUAUUGCUAAAGCAGGUUAUGUUCAGAUCCUUGUGUCUUUAAGCAAUAAUGUGAUUGAAGUAUAUAAUGCACCUUAUGAUAUUGACAAAAAGGAUGAAGAAUCUGAAGAUUACACCAAGCUUUAUUCUCUUGAUUUGCAAGGACAUCGAUCUGACAUUCGUACAUUGGCAUUAAGCAGUGAUGAUAGUAUUUUGGCAUCAGCUUCUCAUAAUUUACUCAAGCUUUGGAAUACCAAAACAAGACUCUGUAUUAGAACUAUUGAUUGUGGUUAUGCUAUCUGUAGUGCUUUCUUACCUGGUGAUAGACAUAUUUUGAUUGGUACUAAGACUGGAGAACUUGAAUUAUAUGAUAUUGGAUCAGCUGUCAUGAUACAAUCUGUCAAAGCACAUGAAGGAGCUGUUUAUUCUUUGGCCAUUCGUCCUGAUAAACGUGGUUUUGUCACCGGUAGUGCAGAUAAGGAUGUUAAAUUUUGGGAUUUCGACUUGGUAGAAAAUUCAAAAGCGGAAAAAUCUCUUACAUUUACUCAUAUGCGAACGCUUAAAAUGUCUGAUGAAGUCCUUUGUGUACGAUAUAGUCCUGAUCAAAACUUAUUGGCUGUUUCCUUACUUGAUACCACUGUCAAAGUGUUUUAUCAUGACACUCUCAAAUUCUUUUUAUCAUUAUAUGGUCAUAAGUUACCUGUGUUAGAUAUGGAUAUUUCUUCUGAUAAUACACUUAUUGCUACUUGUUCUGCAGAUAAGAAUGUCAAACUUUGGGGUCUUGAUUUUGGUGAUUGUCAUAAAUCUUUAUUUGCUCAUCAAGAAAGUGUCAUGGCUGUCAAGUUUGUAUGGGGUACACACUACUUCUUUACUGUUAGUAAAGAUAAAACGAUCAAAUAUUGGGAUGGUGACAAGUUUGAAAAUAUCAUGAAAUUGGAAGGUCAUCAUGGUGAAGUAUGGGCAUUGGCUAUUGCAAAAAAUGGAUCUUUUAUUGUUACUGGUUCUCAUGAUCGAUCACUGCGUAUUUGGGAAAAGACUGAUGAACAGUUAUUCUUGGAGGAAGAACGUGAAAAGGAAUUGGAACAAUUGUAUGAAUCAACCUUGAUCAGUCAAAUGGAAAAAACCAAUGUGGAUGAUAACACAGAAGUGGAUGCGGCUGGUAUUCAAACCAUGGAAACUCUCAAAGCCGGUGAACGGAUCAUGGAAGCCAUUGAUAUUGCUGAUGAAGAACGAAAAGGAUGGGAAGACUAUGAAAUGGCAAAAUCCAAAGGAUUACCUGCUGUACCACCUACACGAAACACGAUUCUAAUUGCUAUGGGUGAUGUCAGUCCUGACAAGUAUGUCCUUGAUGUGAUUCAAAAGAUCAAAGCCAAUGAUUUGGAAGAAUCUCUUUUGGUAUUACCAUUCUCCAAAGUGAUGUCUCUUUUAGCAUAUAUUGAAAUUUGGGCAAAGAAGAAUUGGAACAUUAUUCUUGUGUCCAAAGUAUUAUUUAUUUUAACCAAGACACAUCAUAAUCAAAUAGCAUCCAAUCGAAUUAUGCGACCUAUGCUUGAUUCUAUUCGAGUUCAUUUACGUUUACAACUUCAACGACAAAAGGAUGUCAUGGGUUAUAACCGAGCAGCUUUAUCAUAUAUGCAACGUGAUUGGAAGGCAAGGAAUACUACUGAUUUUGUAGAUGAAACCACCAUGACCAAGGAAACCAACAAUGGCGAAGACAAGAAAAGAAAAUUUGUCAAAUUAACAGCAUAAACAAUUCUAUAUGUAUAUCAAACGUUAAACAUCAUUUAUUAUUAUUAGUUUUAUAUCAUCAACAUCAUUCAUUUUUAGUUUUAGACAGCAACUUCAUUUUUUUUUUACACACUAUAUACGGACUUUACUUUUCUUAUCAACCAUAAUAAU